AUGGCUGCGAUUCAGAGAGCCAGCGGGUCCAUGGACACUGCUGUGCCACUGGCCGCCGAGCCUUUGAAUUACCAUGCCGCAGCACGGCAGGGCCGUCAGGCUGAGUACGGCGAGAGAUGGGGCGAGGGUGCCGCGCGCUACUUCAGUAUCGAGGCGGAUUUCCUGGAUGAGGACCAGGGCAUUCGUUUGAUGCCAGUGCCGGAGAGCUUCUUUUGCCCGAUUUCUGCGACGAUCAUGUCCGACCCAGUCGCCACUGUGGACGGGUGCGCUUACGAGCGGGACUACAUUGAGAGGUGGUUUCGCGAGCGUCGGCAAAGCCACCAGCAGAUUACGUCGCCGACCACAGGUCUGGCGCUGCCCUCUACAACUCUCAUGCCACUGUUGGCUUUGCAACGGGCCAUCGAAGCUUACUUGGCUCACCGGCCAGAACUCAGGAGGGAUCAAAUGGCUGGGAGAAGCUUCGAAGAAGCGGCGCAAGUGCUGCAGACCGAUCUUCUGGAAAAGCAAGCCAUGAACGCCAACAUGGGCGAUGAGGUGCGGCGGCUUCGGGAGGCCAACAAGGCCUUAGUACGCCAGCUCCGACAAUCGGAGGUGGAGCGCGGCAAGCUGCUCCAGCAGCUACAACAGGUUCGAUGGCAGCUGGACAUUGCAGAGGAGCCAAGUGGGGUUUGCGACCACGGCGGCCCACCGCCAAGCAGUGGAGAUGAGAGUUCCGCUUACGUGUCAACCGUUGACCAAGCCGAGGCCGAAACAGUUCGUCCACAGCUCCAAAUGGCGCCAGCGCAGCAGGAGCGGCCGCAGCGCGCGGCCAGU